CUGUAGCAAAUUGUAGCCAUAGAGCGCUGCACCGCGCGCAGCUGGUGUUGUCUGGAUAUGAAAUGUAACCAAUAAAAAAAGUAUCUCAUGCCAAGCGAUACUUGGUAACCAGUGUAGAAGACUGCACGCUUUUCACUCACAUAUUGCACCUUCAAGAGGAAUACAACCUGAGCGUCGCGAGGAACUGCCUUACAACAAGGUUACUGAAGUGCAUUCAGAAAGAAAAACUGAGAAAUCUACACACGAUGGACUGCCGGACUGUGGCUAAUGAUACACAUUGCUCCAGUUUCGUGGUGGCAUCGAUGUCCGACUUCGUGGCAAGCUUUUUCAAGUGAACGGACAGAGCGCAUAUAAUUUUAUUGACAGCGAAUGUCCACAGUAUUCAUAGCCAAUUCUUGCCCUUUGCAGUGCAAUUCCGGUGGUAUACGGAAGCAUCCCUAUACUGACACAAAUAAGAGGAAGGAUUACAGCUCCAGUGUUCAACAUAAAGGAGCCCACAUUGCAGGUCGACCAAUAGAUCUUAUUCAUCUUUUACAACGAAAUGGGAAAGGGUACCUCUGCUGCCUUAUAAGAUGUAUCCUCAACAUCGAGAAAGGGAGCAGCCAAUCUUCAGUGCCAGGGCCCAUGUGUUCCAGAUCGACCCAAACACCAAGAGGAACUGGAUCCCCGCCAGCAAGCAUGCCGUCACCGUCUCCUUCUUCUACGACGGCAACAGGAACGUGUACCGCAUCAUCAGCGUGGGUGGUACGAAGGCCAUCAUCAACUGCACCAUCACACCGAGCAUGACGUUCACCAGGACCUCGCAGAAGUUCGGCCAGUGGGCGGACAGCAGGGCCAACACGGUCUACGGCCUGGGCUUCGCUACAGAGCAGCAGCUGCACCAGUUUUCUGAGCGGUUUAAGGAGGUGAAAGAGGCUGCCCGUCUUGCACGUGAAAAGUCCCAGGAUAAGAUGGAGUUGGUCAACACUGCUCUCAGCAUCGCUGCUCCACAGUUCUCACAGGACCUCGGUGACGAGCUCCAGUCUCCGCCGGUGAUGUGUGUGAACGGUCCUGAGGACAAGAUGUUCCGCAGCCAAAGCGCAGACAUCACACUGUCUUCUGAGAAGGAGCGUAUUAAAAAGAUGCUUUCUGAAGGGUCUAUCUGCGAGAUGAACCUGGAGGCAGAGCUCUUCACCCUGCAGGACAGCAACUCCAAGCUGGUGUCAGCGUUGCAUGAAGCUAAUAACAACGUGCAGCAGUGGAAGAAGCAGCUAGCUGCCUACCAGGAGGAGACGGAGAGGCUACGAGACCAGGUGUCUGAUCUGGAAGCACAUGGCGGCCACGGUCCUAGUGACAUGCUAAAGGACGAGCUGACUCGGUCUCUGGAGGAACUGGAGGCCCUGCUCAAGGCUAAAGACGAGGAAAUCCACAUUCUGCAGAACAAGAAAUCAGAAUACCAUGAGAUGGAGCAGGAGAGAGAAGAAGCCAUACAUAGAUUACAGGAGAUGGAGAUGCGUAACCUGGAGCUGGAGGGGCGGGUGCAGAAUGCAGAGCAGAACCUGGCCGCCUCCCUAGAGGAGCGGGACCGCACAGAGAGUGAGGUACAGAGGGCCAUCGAGAUCCUGGACAUCAAGCUCUUUGACCUGAACGACCUCCGGCAGAGCCUUGUCAAGCUGAUUGACAAAUGAUGCCAAAGAGGAAGGGUCUGUUGGGGAUGGCCAAUGCAAAGAGAGGAAAACGAGAUGGAGCUGGUUCUCUCCUGCUAUAAAGCACAACACCACUUCUGCUGUGGGAAGAUUGCUGCAUUGCUGUACUGUACUUUCCAGCUUGUUAAGCAAUAUGUUGUGGUGUUACCUAGGCAGUGUUUCCCAACCCAGGUACUCCAUUGUACAUUUUUAUUGUAACCUGGACAAGCACACCUGAUUCAACUUGUCAACUAAUCAUCAAGCCCUCACUGAGUUGAAUUAGGUGUGUUUGUCAAGGGCUACAACAAAACUGUGUACUGUUGGGGGAACUGGAGAACCAGGGUUGGGAAACACUGACCAAGGCAGUGUAUCUGCUGUGUCCGGUGUUGUGCUGCGUUACAUGUUGCUUUCUUAAGCAACAUUCAAGGCAAUAGUCUUAAGUGCUAGGCUGUUUAUUUGCAAUUAGGAAUAUUGUCAAGAAUGAGAACAAUGACAUCAUUAGGUGCUUGUAGAUUUUGAAUUCAACUGAUUUUAUACAAAUUUGGUAAUAUAAUGGUAUAAUGAGCAAUGUGGAUUAUCUAUUUUAAUUUUCCAGUGAGGAGUUUAUUUAUUUUUUGGGGGAGAGAUCUCAGUGCAACCAUGUAUGUGGAAAGGAGCAUUACAUGACGCAGAUGAAUCAUUUUUAAAAAUGUGGCUGACAGAAUUCACAUCAAAUUAUCAUACAACUCAAGAUAAUUGGUAUUCAAUAACAAGAAAGUAAAGAAUUAGCCUUAUCAAAAUAUUAUUUUUUAUACAUCUGAGCAAAGUUAGUAUCACAGAGACGGAAAGAUAUGCAUCUGUAAUAAUCUCGGGAUUCAAUCCGUAACACUGAAGAUCUGCGCUGUAGCGCCAUGGACAUGUACUUCUCCUUUCUAUUGCGCAGGUCUUCAGCACUACAGAUUGUUAGUCUUUAUUUAACCUGUGAAAUGUUAACUCAUGUCUGAUAAUUGUAUACUUUAAAAAAAAACAAUGCAUGUGAAGUGCUCUGAGCGAUAAACAAUCUGUAAAGAAACAUGUUUAUUGACAGAAACGUCAGAUGUGUCCGUGUUACGGGUACCAGUUGUAAAUAUAUAAAACUUUAUUGGUACUAUGGCAUGCUGGUAAUAGUGUGAUGUAUGAGGCAUGGGAGGGUAACUUGCAUACAUCCGAAUAUGUUCCAACCAUCUAAGAACUAAAAGGCACCAAAGAGAGUUGAGUUCUCAAAGUAAGAGCUUUCAAAAGCUUGACUCAACAGAUUCUCAUUUGUGUUUAUAGAAUGUUAGAUUAGUCCUGAUAAUUAGGUAGAUGAUUUAGAUGAGCGAUAAGAUUUAAGACAUUUAAGAGUUUGCUCUUGCAAUAAGUCAAUGUUAAAUUAAGACUUCUCAAAGAGCCAGAUUUCAUAAUAUAAUCCGUUCAAUCCAUAGCGCUGAAAAUCUGCGCUACAACGCUGCAUGUCGGCGCAAUCGGAAAUGACCUGCAAAAUGUCAAUCAUAAAUGCUAAAGCGCUAAGGGUUGAACUGAGCUCUUCAUGAGGCUUACGUAAAUAUAACUAUCUUUGAGACUUGAAUGAAUGCAUUUGAUCAGCUCUUAUUUCCCUCCAGCAUAUGUAAUCAUUAAGAGCAGUAGAAGGGACUUGAUGUUCAGUUUAUAGGAGACAACGCUAUAGGCCUUGUAAGUGGUUGUAUGUAUUUGCAUUUACUGUAAAAAAAAAAAAGAAAGAUCCGUGAUGAAAUUGCAAGUUUCAUUGCACAAAUUAUAUUUAGAUUAAGGCACUCAAGUGAAGUGGAGCAAAAUGUUAUUUUUCAUGAUCCUUGUUCAAAAGAAACUGUCUAAAAAAUAAAAGGGCAUAGAAUAAUGUGAUCAAAACUGCCAUGUGCUAUGUAGUAAGUCAAGGUUUGUGACAGCAAGAAUGAGCCUUUCCUUUUUCCUUUAUUGAAAACCUUGACAAAAGAUUGUAAGGAUGCAAGUUUACUUCAGCUUCUUCUUGGGGCGCAGGUUGCUGGUAUGCCCACACUUCUUUUUGCGGCAGUUGACUGCACGGGGGUGAAGACGUGCAUAGCAUCUGUAAUACAGAGAGUGCACCAACAUCAUUAAGUGCACAGACCUGGGUCAGUAGAUGUCUGUAAUUCUACACUGAACAAAAAUAAAACGCAACAUGUGAAGUGUUGAUCCCAUGUUUCAUGAGCUGAAAUAAUAAAAUCCCAGAAAUGUUCCAUAUUCACCAAAA